AAAACUCACACACAGCAAUAAGAUACAUUAUAUAGUUUUGUCUUUAAAAUUAAUUAAAUCUAAAGGAGGGAGAAAUAUUAUCAUUAAAUUUUAAUUCAUUUUUAAAGUAUUAAUAAACAAAUGACAACAGAAGCAAUUGACGGGCAUAUAAACAACACAGCUCCAGUAUGUCGCAUUUGUUUGCAAACAUCGCAUGAAUCGCAGGAGCUGCUUCCUCUGUUCGAAAGAGAUCCUAGCAGUUCUAACGUAUUUGUAUAUGAGAAAAUUGAAGAAUGUGCCGGCAUAAAGAUUAUGAAAAAACCCGAAUUGCCUUCGAGUAUUUGCAAAAAAUGUAAUGCUUUUUUAACUAUAGCUUACAAAUUUCGGAUAAUGUGUAAGAACUCUGAUAAUUAUUUACGGGAAUUUGUAUGCAAAGAUGUAUCCAAAGAAGAGAGUAGCGAAAAUGAAGAGUAUUUGUUAGAGUGCAAUGAAUCAGUUAGUGGUCAAACGGAAAAAAAUGAUACACAAUUCCAAAACGAGGAUUCCCAAGAUAGUAUGAAUACUGAAGACUUUGCUAAUGAGGAAUAUUCCGAAUUUUGGCUAAAAUCGACAGAAAACGAUGAUAUGUUUGAGCAUCUACAAGAUAUUGGUGAACAUAGCGAUAAUGAGGAUGACGGCGUAGGAGCUGGCAUAGAAACUACUGCAGAGGAUUUAGAAAAUUCUCAAGAUUCCUCGUUAAGUCAUACAAAUGAAAAUAAUCGUGCAAAAGAAACUCAAAAGUAUAUUUGCGAUAUGUGUGGCAAUUCCUACGCACGUAAAUAUGUUUUAGAAGCCCACAUGCGACGGCAUCGUCAUGAUAAGUCAUUUGAAUGCGAUAUAUGUGGUGAGGCAUUCCUUUUAAAUUUCGAACUAAAACGACAUUUACGUAAGCACACUUCCGCACGUCCUUUCGGGUGUCAAUAUUGUCAGCGAACUUUCAGCGAUCGUUCUACCAUGAAGAAACAUGAGAGAAUACAUCGUAAUGAACGACCUUUUAAAUGUGAAAUAUGCAGCAAAAGUUUUACAUAUUCGAGCGUCCUAAAAGCUCACCAAUUAACCCAUACUGGUGAAAAACCAUUUAACUGCGGAAUUUGUAGUAAACGUUUUUCAAGGCCGCAUCAUUUAAGAGCCCAUUUAGAGACAUUAUUACAUCAAAGCGAUCCAAGAACAAAACUUUUAAUUAAGCAAAUGAAAAAAAGAAAAACUUCUUAACGCAUUUUUACAAAAACUGACUACAUGAUGUUAUAGCUUAUAAAGAGAAUCAACGUCGGUCGAGACAAGAAACACAAGUUUGAUUAAAAUUUUUUUGUAGAAAAAAACAUUUAAAACGCAUU